AAUCUCAUCAUGGCAUAUAUCCACCAGGAAAACGAAGAAGUGGAGCAGCCUGUGCAGAAUGGAGAGGAAGACCGCCCUUUGGGAGGGGGCGAAGGCCACCAGCCAGCAGGAAAUAAUAGACGGGGACAGGCUCGCCGACUUGCCCCUAAUUUCCGAUGGGCCAUACCCAAUAGGCAGGUCAACGAUGGGUUGGGUGGAGAUGGAGAUGAUAUGGAAAUGUUCAUGGAGGAGAUGAGAGAAAUCAGGAGAAAACUUCGGGAGCUGCAAUUGAGGAAUUGUCUGCGUAUCCUUAUGGGGGAGCUCUCUAAUCACCAUGACCAUCAUGAUGAAUUUUGCCUUAUGCCUUGA